UGUUGACACACUGGAAGAAAAUGGCUGCUGCUCCGACUUUUUUUCAAUGAAGACACCGAUAUUUCAAUUUCAUUUCGUUUUCUUACAUCGGAGCUACAGUCGACCGCUAUGCAAUCUAAAAGGCUGUGAAUGGUCACUUUAGGAAGGUGACAGUGUGGGUCAGAAAGGACAGCAUCGUCUACCGUCACUCAGCUCGCAGCUGGCGGUGGACCACAAUGCAACAAGUUUUGGAAUAUGCAUUGGAUCGAGCGGAGUACAUUGUUGAAAGUGCUCGACAACGACCAGCCAAACGAAGAAUUUCAUCUGGCGGGAGGAAGAGUUUGUACCAGAAGCUCUAUGAGCUCUACAUAGAGGAAUGUGAGAAAGAGCCAGAGUUAAAGAAUUUGAGGAGAAAUGUGAAUCUACUGGAGAAGCUGGUGUCUCAGGAGUCUGUAUCAUGUCUGGUGGUCAAUCUGUACCCUGGGAAUGAAGGCUAUUCUUUAAUGCUCAGGGGCAAAAAUGGAUCUGAUUCUGAAACCAUUCGCCUGCCAUAUGAAGAAGGAGAACUGCUGGAGUACCUCGACGCUGAGGAGUUGCCUCCUAUUUUGGUGGAUUUGUUGGAGAAAUCACAGGUGAACAUCUUCCACUGUGGCUGUGUAAUAGUAGAGGUCAGAGACUACCGGCAGUCUGGUAAUACUAAGAUUCCCACCUAUCAGAGCAGACAUAUCCUGCUGCGGCCAACCAUGCAGACUCUCAUCUGUGAUGUCCAUGCCAUGACCAGUGACCACCACAAGUGGACACAGGAUGACAAACUGCAGUUGGAAAGUCAGUUGAUUUUGGCUACAGCUGAACCUCUGUGCCUGGACCCCUCCAUUUCUGUUACUUGCACAGCUAACCGCCUGCUUUACAACAAACAGAAAAUGAACACUCGCUCCAUGAAACGGUGUUUCAAGAGGCACUCUCGGGCUGCACUGAACAGGCAGCAGGAGCUGUCCCACCUUCCCAUACCACCACAGCUACGACUCUACGACUACCUACAGAGAAGAAAAGAGAGGAAACCCGCGCCUGUUAUAGACCUGAAGAUCUCAAAGAUCGGAAACUGUGUUGACAUGUGGAAGCAGAACAACUGCCAACUAACUGUGCCCAAGGAAAUUGAUGUGGAAAAGUACGCUGUGGUUGAGAGGUCUUUGCAGUUGGCAAGCUCUGAUCAUAAAACUGUGAUCUGGCCUGCUGAGGAAGUUGUAGAUGACUACACAUUUGAGUGUGAAGUUGGGGGCCAAGCUCAGAGGACCAAGGUUUCUAUUUUCCAGUCAAUGGGAGACCCGCUUGUGUACGGGAAGAUCUACUGUGCUAAAGAAUCAAAAGCAGAGGACGACAGUCCAGACCUAAAGCUCAUACAUCCUCCUUUCCUCAUAGGUUCAAAGAUCGAUGCGGACCGAUUUCUUACUCAGUACAAAGGAGUGUAUGAGAGAGACGUCAAGUGUCAGGUCAAAGUGUCCCAUAACUCAGGCAACAUGGGUCAGGGGCCUCCCUCCCCUAGCAAAGAUGAGGGUGAUGGUAUUUCUCCACUGGUCCAGACUUCUCUGUUGGGAAAAGGGGUGAAGCACCGGCCCCCUCCCAUCAAACUGCCGUCAGGAUCAGGAAGCAGCUCCUCAGGUAAUCCAUAUAGUUCACAAACCACCAGUGGUCUACUUAAGUGUCCUACACCCCCUCCAGCCAAAAGCCAGUCUCUGAACAGAAAGCACUCAAUGGAGCUGGGCCAGGUGGGCCUGCUGUCACCUGCCUCCCUCUCCCCAAUGGGAUCCAAUCAGAGAUCGGGAACCCCCAAGCCAUCUACCCCAACGCCUACCAAUACGCCAUGCUCGACCCCUCACCCCCCUGAUGCCCUCUCCGCUCCACUCUCAGUGACCCCUACCCCUUCAGACCCUCCCUUGGUUCAGAACCAGUCACAGAAUGCCCUCCUCACGCCUUUUACCCAACAGCCGCUAGCUUUAAGCCAGACGCUGCCCGUCAUGACCAUUCCCCUGCCCACCAUGGGUACAUCCAUCACCACAGGAACCACAUCGUCACAGGUCAUGGCCAAUCCAGCAGGGCUCAAUUUCAUCAACGUGGUCAGCUCAGUCUGCAGUCCUCAGGCUUUGAUGAGUGGCUCCAAUCCCAUGCUGGGUACAGGCUUAAACCUGAGUGGAAUCCUGCCAACUGGAGGGUUGAUGCCUACCAUGCAGUCUGCAGCACAGGCGGGGAGUCCUUUUGGCCUGAAUAGCAGUGCUGGGUUGAGACCUCUGAACCUACUCCAGAUCCCCACUGGUCCUCUCAUCUUUAAUUCUCUGCAGCAGCAGCAGCUGUCUCAGUUCUCCCCACAGCAGAGUCAGUCAGCCACCUCCAGUCCUCAGCAGCAAGGGGGGGAGACGAGUGACCAGGGGUCAGAUCAAAGUUUAGGGAACCAGCAAACGGCUGUCAUAAAUCUGGGAGUGGGAGGCUUCAUGUCUCCACAGGCAGCAGUGCUGUCCCAGUUGGGCUGUGGGCUGGACGGGUCUGGGCCCCCGCUGCCUUCUCCAAGGCUUCAGCAGCAGCACCAGCCACAGAUCCAAUUGCAAUUCUUGCAGCACCAAAUGCAGCAGCAGCAGCAAAUGGCUAUGGGAGCAGCAGCUCCUCAGGGGGGAGUGCCACGGCACCAUACCGCCAGUCAACCAAGAAGUAAGAGGAAGAGGAGCACGCCUCAGCCCCUCCCCAAGUCAUGAAAGACUUAAAUCACACUAAAACCUUCCCCCCGCCCAAAUCCACACACAAAAGGACGUGAAUGAUCCAUAUUGUGCUCUUUACCUGCCUCGCUGUCGAGAGUGUAGGCAAAACAACAACAACGAAAAACCCCACAAAAAACUC